CUUGGAACGGUCGUGUUGUGGCGCGGAGUUAUUGCACAAGGAAAUUAGGGAGCGCGUCGGCCACGUGCGAGAUAUGCGUACCGAUCGAUCAUGCACUCCAACUCUCUGUUCUCGAAUUUGAACUGCUGUAAAGGCUCAGAGCAGUCCGAGUCCUCAGCCAAUGCUUCUGCCAGGUCACUAUGCAUAGUGUGCGCACGCGGAACCGUCUACUGCGGUUGCAGCUCUCCCCGACGGCAGGCCGCCUGCCAUCUGUGGCACGAGCACUGCUCAUGACCUCCACUUGCUGUCGCUCUCCCGAUCCCUCGACGGCUGACGUCAUGGUGCGAUGCCCGUCCGCCAACGGUAGCUUACAAGCUGUCUGAAAGGGCGCAUACUGGAGUGGCUCUUGCUCGCUCGCCGCAAGCACAUAUAUAUAAGCAUCGUCGCUCAGACUCCAAUCCACGACCCCACCAUGUCCUCGCAGUCCCAGUCCAACGCCAACGGCGGCGAGCUCGAGUUCAAGGGCUACGCCAUGUGUGAUUCGUCCAAGUGGACGGAGCUCAAGCUGACGUCGUUCCGCCCAAAGACCUUCAAGCCUGAGGACAUCGAAAUCGCCAUCACCCACUGCGGCGUCUGCGGCUCUGACGUCCACACGCUCACGCAGGGCUGGGGUGAGUCAAAGCUGCCCCUCGUCGCUGGCCACGAGAUCGCCGGGCACGUCACUCGCGUCGGCGACAAGGUCACCGAGUUCAAGGUCGGCCAGCGCGUCGGCGUCGGCGCGCAGAUCGGGAGCUGCAUGCAGUGCAGGGCCUGCAAAGAGGACCUCGAGAACUACUGCCCCGACCAGAUCGAGACCUAUAACGCCGAGUACGAUGACGGCGUCGUCACUCAAGGCGGAUAUUCCACCGCCAUCCGUGCACAUGAACGCUACGUCUUCCCGAUCCCCGACGAGAUCGAGUCAGCCCAUGCUGCCUCUAUGUUGUGUGCGGGCUUGACCGCUUACUCCCCUCUCAAGACCUACGGCUGCGGCCCGGGGAAGAAGGUCGGCAUCAUCGGCAUUGGCGGUCUGGGACACUACGCCGUCCUCUGGGCCAAGGCGAUGGGCGCUGAGGUGUACGCUUUCGCCAUCGAGCCCGAGAAGUUCGACGACAUCAAGCAGAUGGGCGCGGACCACGUCAUCGAUGCGAGGCAGAAGGACUUCGCAAAGCCCCUCGCGCAGACGCUCGACCUGAUCGUCUCUACGGCCGACGUGGUCAACGGCUCCCUGCCCAUCAACGACUACCUCUCCACCCUCUGGGUGCACGGCGUCUUCAUCACCGUCGGGCUGCCCGAUUCCAACAGCCCCCUCCCGUCUCUGCACCCCAUGCAGGCCUUCGCCGGAAACGGGUGUCUACUUGGUGGCAGCCAUGUUGGGAGCAAGAAGGAGUGCCUCGAGAUGCUGGAGCUUGCGCGGACGAAGAACGUGCGGCCGUGGAUCGAGACGCUGCCGAUGAAGGAGGCGGGGAAGGCACUGCAGGAUGUCAAGGACAACAAGGCGAGGUAUCGGUACAUCCUCACCCAGGACAUCAACUAGGUAGAUGGGCGGAUGGUGUUUUGUGUUCGUGUUCUACAAUCGGAAGAAUUGUGUUUGCGGCCCGGUG